UGCUGCUGUCAGGUGCCAAUAAUGUCAAACUUUAAACCGUCGCGAAUUCGCAAAUAAACAGUCCGAAUCGAAUAACUUUUUCUGCUAUGUAAGUAUUUUUUGUGAAAAUGGCAAUCCCUCUAGAUGCGCGAGAAAUCCUUAGCCACUUGAAUCAACUUGGCUACCGAAACAUUACACCCGAGCAGUUGAAAGAAUUUCAAAAAGAUCUACGCAAGCUAAUCAAAUACGACAACCAAAUAGGCAGCAAUUUUCCAGCUGAUCAUGGCACCUGGCAGCAAACGGUCCCCCAAAUGAACCCUUUUCAACGAUUACAUACAUCAACGACAAUUAGCUACGAUGCCAAAAUCGCCAGCAAAAGAUUGAAACAAAAGCGCCAGCAUGAAACCAACCCCAGAAGGCAAUCUGCAACAACUGCCUCUUCAUCGCACAGAACAGAGUUCGAGUCAACCGCUGCUAACCCACAGGGACAGCUUCCUCGAGACGAUAAGGAAAACCAUCAGCAACAGCAGCACCAACAGGGUCGGAAAGGUCGCAAGCAACAGGAAGAGAAAAAUACCGCUGCAAGUAAAAUGUGGAUUCGACCGAGAAGUACUAGUGCUUCUAGAAACCGCAAAAAUGAUCCGGUUUCUCUGUACCACGCUUAUCAGAAAGAGUGGGCGCGCUUCCGAAAUCAGCUUCCUGGAGAGAACAGCCACUCGGAUCUGAGGUGGCAAGUGCGAACUAAAUUGCUUGCCGAAAAGUGACGAUUGUAAUCGACAGAUUAUCAAUGCGAAUGUUCCGUCCCAGAAUUAGUUUCAAUUUACAAGGCUGAUAUGUUUUCUCUUUAGCUCUAGACUGACAAGUAAAAAUACAUUCCAUUU